CAUUUGAUAUAAAUCUAAGGUUCAAAUCCCCUUCUUUCAUCUAUUUGAUUUUUUUUUUUAUUUCAAAUAAAAAAGUAGACACAUGGUAUAAGAAACAAAUGUUUCAAGACACCAUAAAGGGUGUUCACUUUAUAAUAGUAUAGAUAGAUAGAUAGAUAUAUGAGUAGACACAUGGUGGUAUAAAAAAUAAAGAUUCCAAGACACUAUAAGGGGUGUUCACUUUAUAAUAGUAUAGAUAGAUAGAUAUAUGAUUACACGUGUCUUGAAGACCAAGCAGCAAAGCAGCUGAGUCACCCACAACCCAACACGUGGCCAAAAACCACCCGCCACAUGUCCACUACCCAAAUCACGGUUCAUCACCUCGCUCAUCCAACCGCCACAGGCCUCCGCUUUUUAUUCAACCCUUUUUCACUACUCUCUCUUCUCAUAUUCUACAAACACACCAUAUACACUUCAAAGACUAACCAUCAUUGAGAAAUCUAGAGAUUCUGUGAAAUUUAGGGGGGACAACCCUGAAAUAUACAUAUACAUAGAGAAAAACAGGGUGCCCAAGAUGACUAGCCACUAUGACUCUCUUGCCACCAUUUCUGGUGAAGAGAGGGUUGGUGUAAAUGUUGGCAAAAAGGGAAAGAAAGAGAGAGAGAAAGAGUCUCAUGCUGAUAAAGCAAGGAGGGCAAACAGGGUUGCUGAAAAAGAGGCUGAAGCUGAGAGCAAAAAAGAGAAAGAGGAAGAUCAGAGAGGGGGGCUUUCAUUGGAAGAGAUUUCCAAGUACAGACAAAGUGCACAACAGAAUUCUAUGGAUGCCAUUAGGGCUGCUGAAGAGAGGUACGCGAAGAAAGCCAAGGAGUUGGGAUCUUCGGCCUUGCAAAAUGUCAAGGAAAGUGCACAGCAGGCCAAAGAUUAUACGGCACAGACAGCGCAUCAGGCUAAUGAUUACGCUUCGCAGAAGCCGGUGGGGGCUAAGGAAGCAGGUGCUUCUGUAGCGGAGAGGGAACCGGCCAAAGAUGUGGUGGUGGAAACCGGCAAGAGUACUGUAGGGUAUGGAGGGAAGGGAGAAGAAACUGGAGAGCAAGAAUGUGGCAGUGGAGAAGUGGUGGAGAAGCCUACUGAAACUGUCCAAGAAGAGUUUUAUCGGGCAGCGCCAGAAGAACAUGAAAGAAGGGAACAUCAGGGAGGUGGUGGGAUAUUUGCAGCCAUUGUGGAGACCAUAGUUGAGAUUGCACAGAAUACUAAAGACCUCGUCGUCGGGCAAGACGACCAAACUAGAGGAUACAAAGGUGGCUCCAUUGAGUACACAGAGCCAGAGGAGGUGGAAGAAAGGCGGGUCCCGUGAAGGCGGUGAAAGGGCGGUGAUGGACGGAGGAGCUGUAAGAGUCCCGUACAUAUACAUAGAUAAGAUUCCGGAUUUGGGGAUAGUUUAGGUGCAGAUUUUGAAGUAUUGUGCUUUGCUUGUGUUUGGAGUACUGAAUAUUAGUAGGUAAUGCAAGGGAUUCAAGAAAAAUAUUUUCAGAAAAUAAACAAUGUGUGGGUCUGUCUAUAUUUGGAUUAUGGAAUUUCCCUUGUUUUAAGCAUAGAGAUCUAUACAGGUGUUGAAUUCAAUCA